CAUCACAGCACGUGUAAAAAUCUACUUCCAUUAUUGUUGUUAAUUUUUAGCAAACACGCAAAAAUGGGGAAGCCUAAAAAAGCAAACUUGGCGCCACAGAAAAAUGUCAAUUUGGAAAAACAGAUUACCGAAGGAAAGGUGGCAAAACACAGAAACAAGGACAAGUUUAAAUUGCGCGCUGAGGAGACGCCGAACAUUGAUGCUAAAAGCAGCCAAAAGAUUUUGGCAGCUGCUAAACAACAACAGUUGGAACUGAAUGAAGAGAACUUUCCAAGUUUAGUGGAUAGGAAGAUCGCUAAAUUUAAUUUACGCGAUGAUGACAAAAUUGCGGAAGAAGAAGUUAACGAAACGGAUUUCAUGCCUGAUUUGGACAUGGAUGCUGAGGAUCUUGCUGCCUUUGAGCGAUUCGCACAGCCGCCUAAGGAGGGGGCGGGCAAGCGCACACUGCAAUUGUCCGAAAUGAUUAUGCAAAGGAUUCAGGAGAAGGAAGCAGACAUACAUACGAAAGUCUCCGAUGAAGGCUCACUUCAAAUUGAAGAAAUUGAUCCCAGGGUAAAGGAGAUGUACGAAGGCGUCCGGGAUGUAUUAAAACGCUACCGCAGCGGCAAAGUUCCAAAAGCCUUCAAAAUAAUACCCAGACUGAGAAACUGGGAGCAAAUACUUUUCAUUACGGAGCCGCAUAACUGGACCGCUGCAGCAAUGUUCCAAGGCACACGCAUAUUUUGCUCAGUGCUGUCCCAGGCGAUGGCUCAGCGAUUUUACAAUCUGGUGCUACUUCCACGAGUGCGCGACGAUCUCUGCGAAUAUAAGAAGCUUAACAUGCACUUGUACAAUGCUCUGAAACGUGCACUCUUUAAGCCGGCCGCCUUUAUGAAAGGCAUUAUACUGCCCUUGCUGGAAUCGGGUGAUUGUACAUUACGUGAGGCAAUUAUAUUUGGCAGUGUAAUUGCCCGGAACUCGAUACCUGUGCUGCAUUCGUCAGCUUGUCUCCUUAAAAUUUGUGAAAUGAACUACUCUGGUGCCAAUUCAAUAUUUAUACGGUACUUCCUUGACAAGCGCUACGCCUUGCCAUACCGCGUCAUUGAUGCGGCCGUCUUUCACUUUUUAAGAUUCGAAAACGAGAAGCGCGAAUUGCCAGUUCUGUGGCAUCAAAGUCUGCUUGCUUUCGCGCAGCGUUACAAAAAUGAUAUAUCAUCCGAGCAAAAGGAUGCUCUUCUUCAGCUUUUAAAAAAACAAUUCCAUCCAAAGAUUACAGCAGAUAUCCGCAGGGAACUGCAAGCAGCUGUAUGCCGUGAUAUAGAAAUGAUGGAAACUGAUGCUAAUGGUGGAGUAAAAGCUAAGGACGUCACAAUGUUCACAGAUGCCGAUGUCGAGUAUUUCGGUUAAACUCAACUCCAAUAUUGGAUUUUAUGCAUAGUGUAUAAAUUAUAUUGUUAUAUUUGUAAAAAAUAUAAAUCACAAACUAAACCAA